AUGGAAUUCAGUACUUUGAUCCACUUCUUGCUUCAGGUCGGCAUGGUUGUCGGCCCCGUAACUGGUUAUCUUGAUCAGAUAGCUCAAGUUCGUCGCACUGGCUCGAGCAUAGGUUUCUCGCUGGAUACAUGCGGAGUGUUACUCGUUAGCAAGUUCGGUCAAAAGUUCGAUAUGGUUCUCUUACUACAGAGUAUCUUAAUGAUCAUUGUCCAAUUGAUUCUUCUAUAUGUCUGCGUCGAGUAUCGAUAUCCUAUAUCGCCAUCACCGAAUAGACGAUGGUUCUGGAACUGGUACAGAUAUCGAUCAUACAUUAUAUUUCUGAGUAUCUUAACAGGAACAUUGGGGAUCUUUUACGUGACACUGGGGGGGUAUCAUUGGGCUAUUACGACCUUGGGAUAUAUGGCUUUGGGAAUAGAAAGCACGGUUCCGAUGCCGCAAGCUUGGGAGAACUUUCGACGACAGUCUGUGGAAGGAUUCAGCCCUUUAAUAUUACUCAUGUGGUUCUUUGGAGACACCUUUAAAACCUUCUAUUUCUUGUAUACCGCUUCUCCAUUACAAUUCAUCCUGUGCGGUAUCGUGCAAUUGUCGGUUGACUCGCUCGUUGUUUUUCAGUUUAUAUUGUAUGAUCAUAGAUUGCGAGAAAAACUUGGACUUGAUGGGCGAGAACCGUAUAGACCUCAGAGUUAUAAUGCACUGGACGAGAUUUUGUAA